ACCGACCGACCGACCGAGCGAACGAGCGAACGUGCGAACGAAUGAGCGAGCGAGUAAAUGCACACAAGCGAGCGUCCGUAAAUCGAAAGGUUAGGCCCGCAACGAAGAACCGGCGUUUGGGCGAACCACGCACGAUGGUGAUCUCUCUUCAAUGUCCGCUACGUUUCUGCCGCAAUAACAUGUUCCACGCGUGGCGCGUUAAAUGUGUGACAUCUCUCUUUUUCUAUCUCUCUCCCUCUCCCUUUCUCUUUCCUGUCAUUUCCACAACAACGACAACGGCGACAAUAACGAUGACGAUGUCGACGACUAUAACUACGACUACGACGACGAGGACGAUAAUGAUGACGAUGACAAAAACGACAACUAUGACAACAACAGCGACUAUGCAACACGGACGAUGAUACAACGAGGACGAUCGACAAGAAAGGAACAACUCCAAGGGCGAUAUAUUUACGAUCGCUUGCUGAACGCGAGCGAACGCCAGCCACCGCAGCCAGCAAUGGCAGCUGCUGCUCUUUUGUGGCGCGCGCUUACUGCCGGAUUUUUUGACAACAUCGACAGAGACGCGAUGCACGAUUGAAGUCGAGAGAGAAAGAUUGUAUCGUAACGUAAGCGCUGUUCUGUGUAUGAAUAUGUAUAUAUAGAUAUAUAUAUAUAUAUAUAUAUAUAUAUGUAUGUAUGUAUAUUAUAUAUAUAUAUAUAUAUAUAUGUGAAACCAAGAACGCGUAUUAUACACACGCACAAAACAACGAAGAAUAUACAACAGCCCAGAUAGAGAAUUGGAAAAGAGAAAAGAGGGGAUAUAUAAAAGCGAGGACCUAAGUGUAAUACACGCGGCUUCAGCUUUAGUUAUCUGGGAAAAGUUUCAGGUAACGAAUAUGACCGUUAAUAGCAGUGACGACAACGAUGACGGCAAUAUAACCUCUGCUUGGUCGAAACGAAAAAAAUUCGUCGAUCGGAAGGAAAGGUAUGUACAGCGAGGCACAGCACACGACGUCCGUACACCGGCGUACGCGUAUUUCGCGCGCAAGGAUCCUGCGCGAUUUCAGGAUGUGAUGAAAUGCAAUAAAUGGAAGAUUUUCAUUCCAAUCAUUUAGAAUGGCAACAUUUUGGUCAGGGAGACCUGGGUGGCUAGGGAAAUUAGGAAUAGCUUUGCUAGCUACAUGGCUUUUAAUAUUAAUUAUAUCAGUUCUACAUGUCUUCAAAACAAAUUCCAUAUCGUCACAAGAUGGAAAUCCUACGAAUAAAGAAAAUGCUCAACGUUUAGCACAAAUGAUUAAUGAUUUUGAGAUUCUUAAGAAGCAAAAUGACGGUCUAAAAAAUAUUAUAUUAAGGGAUGGAGUAAAAUCUAUACAAGGGGAUCAUUUGGGCUCUGUUCAAGAAAGAGCCGAUAGAGCUUCAAUUUAUUAUGAUCUAUUAGAUCAGCAUGUUGGAUCUAAACAUAAUAUACCUUCAUUAGAAUAUGAAGAAUUACGUCGUAGAAUAAGAAAUAAUGUACAGGAAAUGUGGUAUUACAUGAGUGCUGAAUUAACAAAAUUCAAAAAGCACAUAGAUGAAUUUACUCUUGAACAAAAAGAAAAAGAAGUUCAAGAUGCCGUAAGUAACAUUUGGGAACAUAAGAAGUCUCUUAUUAUGGAUUUAGAUAGAUUAACAAAAGCUGAUGGUUAUAAUGACUGGCGGAAAAAAGAGGCAAAAGAAUUAUCGGAUCUUGUUCAAAGUCGAUUUAGGUAUCUACAAAAUCCUACUGAUUGUAAUAAAGCAAAGAAGUUAAUAUGCAGUUUAAAUAAAGGCUGUGGUUUUGGUUGCCAAAUACAUCAUAUCACUUAUUGCUUUUUGGUCGCUUAUGGAACGGAACGAACGCUUGUAAUCAAAUCAAAAGGCUGGAGAUAUCGUAAAGAAGGUUGGGAAUCAGUUUUUAAACCUCUUAGUGACACAUGUUUAUCUACAAAUGGUGUAUCUCAUGCUAAUUGGCCUGGUGAUCCUUCUAAGCAAGUUAUUUCCUUGCCAAUCGUGGAUAAUGUUUAUCCUAAACCAAAAUUUCAACCUCCCAGUGUACCAGCAGAUAUAGCAGAAAGGUUGAAGAAGCUUCAUGGCCAUCCAUUAGUUUGGUGGGUUGGACAGGUGUUAAAAUACUUGAUGCGGCCUCAGGAUAGUAUGCAAAAAGUAUUAGAUAAUGCUAAGGAAAAAUUAGGUUUCAAAAAACCUAUUGUUGGCGUUCAUGUUCGUAGAACCGAUAAAGUCGGUACUGAAGCAGCAUAUCAUGAUAUAGAUGAAUAUAUGACUAAGGUAGAUCAAUAUUUUGAUGAACUCGAGACAAAGCCAGAUGUAAAACGAGUAUUUUUGGCUAGUGAUGACCCAAAAGUAAUUACAACAGCAAGAAAUCGCUAUCCUAAUUAUAAAAUUAUUGGUGAUCCAGAAAUAGCUGAAACAGCAUCAGUAUCAAAACGUUAUUCAGAUUCAUCUUUACAAGGAAUAAUUAUAGAUAUACAUCUUUUAUCCUUAUGUGAUUAUCUAGUGUGUACAUUUAGUUCACAAGUAUGUAGAGUUGCAUAUGAAUUAAUGCAAACUUAUUACCCAGAUGCAUACAAUAAGUUUGCAUCAUUGGAUGAUAUUUACUAUUACGGUGGACAAAAUUCACAUCCUCAUGUAGCUAUUUUGGAUCAUAAACCAAGAAAGAAUGGCGAAUUGGAAUUGAAGACCGGUGAUUUAAUUGAAGUUUAUGGAAACCAUUGGGAUGGUUAUUCCAAAGGGUAUAACACCAGAACUAGUAUGACAGGACUAUUUCCUAGUUUUAAAGUAAAAAAUCCUGUUGAUGCUGUUGACUUUCCAAAAUAUCCAGAUAUAAUGUUACAUGAAAAUAAAAAUAAUUAAGAGAUCACAUUUUGGUAAUAACCAAAUAAUUAGAUAUAAAUAAUUUUAUUAGAUUUCAUUAAUUGCUUGCAGAGUAUUGUAGUUUACUCUUUUAAUUAAAUUAUAUUAUAAAAAAAGAUAGUAUGACUCAUGAUGUAUAUAUUUUGCUAUUUACAACUGAGAAGAGUCAGUUAUUGUAUAUUCUAUAUAUGUACGAAUUGGGAUAAAGAAAAAUUUAUUAUAUUUACUUAUGUGCAAUCACUGCUGCAAAUGAAUGUAUUUAUGAAAGUUAUAAAAUAUAAUUGUACACAUUAAUAAAUUAUUACUGUAUACAAUUAUAUGAUCAUUACAACUGACAAUAUAGAAAAAGAAUACGAUAAGUUAAAUGAAUUGUAAAAAAAAAUCUUACAAUAUAAAACAAAGUUAUUUAAAAAAAAAAAAAGAAAAAAAAAUGUUUGAAGCAAACAUUAUGUAGCAAGCAGUGUACAGAAAACUUUGUUAUAAUUUUAUUGAUAUAGAAAAGCAUGAUUGUUAAUUUCAUCAGAGGUUUAAGUAGCAUUUGUUAUAUAUUAUAUAUUAAUUUUUUCUAGUGAAAAAAGAAAAUAUAUUCAUCCCACUUCUUAUAAACAACAAAAGUGUAAUAAAAAUUGAAAGUCUAUAAGAAAUUAUAAAACAAACAAUACAUUGUGCAAUAUGUUCAUGCAAGGUAUUGAAUCGACAACCUAAUGAUAAGGUACACUACCACAUGGAAAAAAUUUUAUCUGUGGUCAGUUCGUAUGUUGUAUCAAUAUUUGUAAAUAAAAUUAAAUGCCAUCUUUAUAGAACCUUCUUUAACGUUAUAUCUUGUAUCGUUUUUUAGCAAUUUAUAUUAAAAUAGUCACAAUGUCGUAACAAUAUGUACAAUUCAUGUAUUACAUGAUUCAUAUGUCUAUUAAAACUAAUUUUUAAGUAUUAUUUUAAACAUAGAUGAUCUUUUGAAAUUGAUAAUAUUAAAUGCUUUUUAUAAAAAACAAGUUAAAUAGUUAAUGUACACGAACAUCGAGCUGAGCCAUAGAGGCCUAUUUGUAUUUAGGAUUAUGCGCGCGUGCACACAAACCCUAUAUAUAUUGUAAUAUAUUUUAUAUUAUAUACCAAUCAUUAAUAACAUUUGUUAUAUUAUUAUAAGAUUCAAUUUGAUUUUUAAUAAAUAUUUAAGCUUUGAGAA